UAGUACAAGUACAUACAGCUAUACAUAUUGACAAUUUGACAUUUCAAGCUAACAAUUCUAGAGAAGAUAGAGAGUACUGUUAUUUAUUUGAUUGAAAAUCCCAAACAAAAGUUAUAUGUUAAACAAUUAAUGCGAUAAGUGCAUUUUAAAUUGAAUACUUUACUUAAGUUGUUAUUAAUAUUAAUAGAUCAAUAAAGUUCAUCCAAAGCUAUUGUUUGUAUCAUUAAGAUUACUCUUAUACAAGAUCUGUGAUUGUAUUACUGAAAAAAGUGGACAAUAAAUAAACGUUUUAAAAAUGGGAAGCUAUUUGUCAAUUAAUUUAGAAGAUCAAUAUAGAAAAAAUCAAAACUUUCUUCAAAAUAUAAAUGAAGUUGCUAUGGAAAGACAAAUUCAACUAAGAAAUCAAAUGGCUGAAAGACAAAGAGCCAUGGAACUUGCUAAAAACAGAGAUUUGUGCCUUUGGUUCACUGUAUUCUCGAUAGCUGCAACGACUGGUCUAUUUACUGGGUUCAGGAGAACAAAAAGAGCAUAUUUCUUGUUUCCACUCCUGCCACUAACAUUUGUUAAUCUCUAUUAUUGGGAUCUUGCAUAUGGAAACAAAAUGCAUCGACUUCGACUGGAAGCUGAGCACAUAAUGACCCACGAAUCUGAUAUGUUAGAGAUACCAUGUGGACUGCCAACACCAUCAUCCAUCGAUCAACGUCGCGUGACUGAAGAAGAGAAACAAAAGAUCCACCCCCCACUAUUAUAAAUAGCAAUAAUGUUGAUCUAAAUUGUGCCUU